UAACAAGAUCCGGCCUUUGUCUGCUUGUUUAUUCCCGUUUUUAGCGCUGUUUGUUUUCCAAGUCAUUUAUCGGUAACUUGCUUCCGACCAGCUGCUGGAAGGCAAAUGCCAAACGGCGAAGUUUACAUUCUUCCCUCUAUAUAGCAUAAGUAUGCGUAGCUCCCGUAGGAAAUCGAUCACUGUUGACUGCAACGUACCUCUCUCCCGAGACUGAACAUAUAGUUGUACCUCAGUUGGAACACGCUCGUUCCGCUUUCCUCACCGUUUCUAGCCCGCCCAGCCACCCCGCUAGGUUCCCUCACGUCGGAAAGCGUUUUUUUUUUUUUUUUUUGUUGUUGGCCCAUAUACCUGCUGCGACGGGAUGUCUUGAACGCCAUCGUCGCUGACUGUUGGUCUUUUACUGUUCCAGUCCUCGGGGUCGAUUGCAGCGGGGGUCUGCUGAACUUCAGCUACGGAGGAAUCGGCUGCGAGCUCUUCAUCAUGAUAGCCGAAGGCGUGUUAUUUCUGGGCCUCAUGGUGUUCACCACUUCCGGCUACUUCUGGCAUGCGACCCGUUUCGCGCCCCAGGAGCUUCCCGUCGACGAAGACGUGGAAUGGGAGAAGUCGCGGGUGAUCGCCGCUUGCCAACAGAGAGACUUCGCCCGAAACUCGAUGCUGGCGUGGAGCCUGCACAAGUACUUCGGCGCGUUGCACGCCGUCAGAGGCAUCUACAUGGCGCUCCGGCCGUCCGAGUGCUUCGGCCUCCUCGGCGUGAACGGAGCCGGCAAGACCACCACGUUCCAGAUGUUGGCCGCCCUGACGAGCCUCUCGCACGGCGACGCCUGGACAGCGACGGCCAACCUCAGCGAAGACGCCCGUGCCUGGCAGUCGCAGAUCAGCUACUGUUUCCAGCUCGGGGGCCUGCUAGACAGGCUGAACGCGUACGAGUAUCUCUACCUGCUGGGUCGGCUGAGAGGCAUCCCCGAAAGCGAGCUGAAGCCGAUGGUGGACGGCAUAAUAUCCGUCGUCGACCUCACGGAACACGCCUCCAAGGAGUGUGGGCUGUACAGCGGAGGCAACCGCCGCAAGUUGUCCAUCGGUGCUGCGCUGCUGGGCAUGCAGCCGUUCGUGUUUCUCGACGAGCCGUACGCCGGCGUCGACGUGGUGUCCCGCAACAAAAUCUUCCGAGCCAUCGGCGAGAUCAAGAGGCGCUCGCGGACAACCUUCGUGCUCACGUCACACACGUGA